AUGGCAGCAAACCGUUUUCAACGAUAUGCUGUAUUUUUGUCAGCGUUUGAUUACACCAUUGAAUACGUUAAAUCGGAUAAAAAUGUAGCAGAUUGUUUAUCUAGAUUGAUUGAGGACAAUCAAACCGAGAUGAACGACGAUGACGAAAACUUUACCUACUUAAACUUAAUAGAAAAACAAGAUUUUUUUCGUCUUGAUAAGAAAUUUAUUCAAGAGGAAACUAAGAACGACGAAAUAUUGCGAAAAGUAUUCGAAUUUGCGUCACAGGGUUGGCCAAGUGACUGCAAAGAAGAGGAACUGAAACCUUAUUAUAUUAGGCGAGACCAAAUUACAAUAGAAGAUAACCUAUUGAUGUGGGGACAUCGGUUAAUCAUACCAUCACGUUGCAGGAAAGAAGUUUUAAAAGAGAUACAUUCGACACACAUGGGAAUAGUUAAGAGUAAAUCAUUAACUAGAUCAUUUGUAUGGUGGCCUUCGUGCGAUAAAAACGUCGAAGAAUUUUGCAAAAAUUGUUUAGCUUGCUCUAAACACAGAAACAGUCCGCCGAAAGCUGAAGUGAUUGAGUGGCCAAAAACUGAACAGCCGUGGGAAAGGGUGCAUAUUGAUUUUUUUGGUCCACUGCAUAAUAAAAUGUUCAUGAUUGUGGUAGAUUCCCAUUCGAAGUGGAUAGAAGUUGUUUAUAUGAAGAACAUUACUUCGGAAAAUACAGUAGAUAAGCUACGAGAAAUAUUUAGUCGGUGGGGAUUGCCAAAGAUCGUAGUAACUGAUAACGGACGUUCAUUCGUGUCGGAAUGUUUCAAGCAUUUUCUAUAUAUGAAUGGAAUUCAGCAUAUUACACCACCACCAUAUCAUCCUGCCACAAAUGGGUUAGCAGAGGUUUCGGAACAGCAUUCACAGUAGUACGGGUGUUACUCCAGCUGAACUCUUGAUAGGAAGAAAGCUACGCAUGCGAUUGGAUCUCAUUUUACCGGAAGAGCAGCUGAAGCGACAGCAUUUGCGUAAAGAGGAACGAGGGAGAGAUCCGAAGAGACUAACAAGAAACAGUGCGGAAGUGAAACGUAAUAAAGUGAGUGCGAGAGGCAAUUUUAAAAAAGGUGAUCGUGUUUUUG